UGAACAGCACGUAACAUUGACCCACUGCUUUUAAAAGAAGUAAGAAGAAAAGGAAAUGAAUAAUGGGUUACCAGAUUUCCUUUAUGUUUUAUUGAAAUCAUGAAGAACAACCAUUGGUUUAUCGUUUACAAGCAUUCAUGGCGGUGAAAGCAGACCAAGUGAUUGAAGUGAAAGUUAAAAACUGGUUUUCCACUGCAGUGUCGUGUACCAAAGAGAGAGAGAAAGAAGUGUCAGUAGGCCAUGUUUUCCACCAUAUCUUGCCUUAAAUGACAAAUAUUGUUCAUCUCCCACUCUUUUCAACAGAAACCCAACAACCCUUUUUCUUUCUUUAAGAUUGUUGAUUUAGUGAGAUUUCUUCGAUUUUGUUGAUGAAAAAAAAGAUGAAGACUGAAGAAAAAACAGUGACAGAGGAACAUGAUGUUGGUGAUGCUGCAAGACGAGGAACAGUUUCUGUUCCUAUUCAACAGGUGGAAGAUUCUGCCGGAAUAACCGAGGAAACGGCGGAUGCUCGUAAUUGGAAGCGAACCAACCUCUUUCUCGAGAUCCCCUCGAGAAGUUUGGAUGAUUCUUCUCAAGAGUCUGUCACAGUUAAGAUGCCCCAAACACCUAGUUUGACUCCCAGGAAAGUGAAUUUUCACUUGACACCGAGUCCUUCCGAUGCAAGGAUUAAUGGAUCCUCCUCAGGUCCUUCGUCGUCGAAAGGUAAAUCGUUGAGGAGUCUCUUGCCGAAACUAAGCUUCAAGGCCAGAAGUAUAAGUUCGGAUAUUGAAAAGGCUGCAAACUUGGCUCCCGAAUCUUCGAUUACUUCUCUAAAAGAGAAGCCUUCCAUGUCGAGGACAUUGUCACUUACCAAGAUAUUUACUCCCAUGAUAAACAGAACAUCUUCCUUGCCUGUAACUCAAACUGCAAACUCGAACCCGGAAUCUGCAAGCGGGGGAAGCCUUGGUGGCUCUAGUAAGGGAAGCAUGCUGAAGAUAUCUCGCUCGUUUUCAGUUCCCGUAAACGAAAAAGAAGGAAAAUUAAGGAGAAUGGAUUCAUUCUUUAGAGUGGUUCCCUCAACUCCGCUAACAAAGGAAGGAGAAAUAAGUUCAAACCCAAACCCUUCUAUCAGGCCCGAUUCAGAAAACAGAGACCCUGAUGGUGAGGACAUACUGGAAGAAGAGGCUGUUUGUAGAAUUUGUAUGGUUGAACUAUGCGAAGGAGGCGAAACAUUUAAGAUGGAAUGCAGCUGCAAAGGCGAGCUUGCGUUGGCUCACAAAGACUGUGCCGUUAAAUGGUUUACCAUCAAAGGCAACAAGACAUGCGAUGUGUGCAAGCAAGAGGUUCAGAACCUACCCGUCACCCUUUUACGAAUCCAAAGUGUUCGAGCUCGCCAUGGUGGAACAAGUAGAGGUUUUCCGGAUGAAGCUCGUGGAUACAGGGUUUGGCAGGAGGUCCCGGUUCUUGUAAUCAUCAGCAUGCUUGCAUAUUUUUGUUUUCUCGAGCAGCUUCUCGUUGGAAAAAUGGGUACCGGAGCCAUUGCUAUAUCGCUUCCAUUUUCUUGCGUGCUAGGCCUGCUUGCAUCGAUGACUUCUUCAACUAUGGUGAAGCGAAGAUUCAUCUGGGUUUACGCAUCGAUUCAAUUUGCCUUGGUGGUCUUCUUUGCCCAUAUGUUUUAUUCAUUGGUGAAAGUACAAGCAGUACUAUCAAUUCUCCUUGCAACUUUUUCUGGUUUCGGCGUUGCAAUGAGCGGGAGUUCUAUCAUUGUCGAGAUCAUGCGUUGGAGAAGAAGAUGGCAGGCUUGGUCCGACCAGCAGCACCAUAAUUCCCAAGUUCCGACACCACCGCCGGUCCAACCUCCACGAGCUGUUAAUUCACCUCGGAGAGGUCCGGAUGGAAACCAGCAAAGAGCAGAAACUUUCAGUGGGAGUUGAACGGAUCUACCUUUCGCCUCUUCGGUAGCACUUAUCGAGUUCCCUACCAUAUCCGCUUCGCUCAUUCAUUGACAUGCGUUGAAAUUGAAGCUUUGAUUGUUUCUUACAUUGGUAAGCCCAACAUUGAGGCCCCCGCAAUACAGUAUGUAUAAUCUAGUUUAUCUGCAGGUGAAGCAUCGUUUGCUUUUUUUAUAUACAAUGAAAUAGUUUGCAAUGUGCUUGCAAAAGGGCAUAUAUAAUAUAAUAUAGUAGGCUUAAUACA